AAUAAAAUAAGCAUGGAAUCUAAAAUCCCUGACCAAGAACAGGAAAUAUACAAAACUGAACAACAAAUUACUGAACUGGCAUAUCUCAAUAGUUGUGCGAACUGAGGUGAGAAACAAAAUACCCCAUCUCAUGAAUUUGAAUGGGUCUGUGCAGCAUCGAAUGAAAGAGUUGCAAGUUAUUUAAUGAAGAAGAUUAGAGCCAUAGGUCUUAGGAGUGUAAGAAGCUUGGGUGUGUACCAAUUAAGAAUUGAAAAGAUCUUCCAUAAAUUCCUUAAGACUUGUUGAGUGAGUAAAAUUUAUCAAUUUCAUGUGUUCAUGAAGAAUAAAAAUGCAAGGAAGAAUGGUUAUUACCUCAGGAUGGUAAUAAAUCUUAUCCCGAAAGUUACAUGUGACCUUACACUUUCUUGUCUGAUUAUUUCUCACAAUAAUUUAAAAAAGAUAAUACAAGUUGGGAGGCACCUUCAAAUUAUACGGUUCGCUUCAUGUUAUCUAAACUUAAAGAAAUUCAAAUUGAGCGAUUCUUUGCACUAUUUGAUCGAAUGUAUUGAUCUUGUGCCAGUUUAUAAAAAUUUGAGUCAAUCUUUUAUUGAUUUUAGAAAAGAUAUUCUCAGUUUCAUUAAAGAGCUCUCCUUAACAGAUCUGAAGUGAAGUCUAAAACAAUUGAGAAUGAGUAUUCCCCUUGAAAUUGAGAGAGUUGACAAAUAUGCUUCUGAAUUGAACUUCAAGAGUUUAGAGUUCCACCAUUCAUAUUACUAGCCAAUAAUAAAUAAUCUCAA